GGCAUCUCAGGUUUUGUGCAUCUUGAGUGAGACCUGCAACAGAGAUGGAUACCGAAGGCUUUGGAGAGCUUCUCCAGCAGGCAGAACAGCUUGCAGCUGAGACAGAGGGUAUCUCUGAGCUGCCUCAUGUAGAACGCAACCUGCAGGAGAUCCAGCAGGCUGGGGAGCGCCUGCGCUCCCGCACUCUGACCCGCACGUCCCAGGAGACCGCUGAUGUUAAGGCGUCUGUGCUUCUUGGGUCUAGAGGGCUCGAUAUAUCUCACAUUUCUCAGCGUCUAGAGAGUCUAAGUGCAGUCACUACAUUUGAGCCUCUUGAACCUGUGAAGGACACUGACAUCCAGUGAAAAAGUAACCAUUGCUGUCGACAUCCAAAGCCUCAGUAUCCUAUUUGGCAACACUUGCCUUCUUUUUGACAGCUUGAAUACUGAGAUCAAGUAUUAAAAGUAUGGCCUAGCUGAUGGAAGUAAUUAAGAGACUUAUAUCCGCAAGGAGAGACUACACUAACCUCAUUUACUGCAGUAAAUAGAAGAGACUUUCCAUCUCAUGUCAAAAGGAGACCAUCAGUGCACGCAUGCCCUUUCAUACUGGUAGUGAAUUAGUUACUGGAACCUCUCCUUGCUGGAACUCAGUCUGGAGCAGGCCAGUUCCUGUCGCAUCAGCCUGUGUUGGGCAGUGGUUGCGUGAGAUGAGAAACGACAGUGGACCAUGGAGCGUGGUGUGAACCAGGAAGUGACACAGCCUCCCAGGGGUCCUGCCCCUCCACUGGUGGGGCCACGCUUCCAAACCAUCCUCGAGAGAGGCACAUUGGGACUGGAAGAGAGGGAGAAUGUGAGGAGAUCCAACUGGAAUCUGAGGGGGAUUCCUGAAGAAUGAAAAAGAUAAUGCAUUGCUGUCAGCCAUUGAGGAGUCGAGGAAGAGGACUUUUGCUAUGGCUGAGGAGUAUCACCGAGAAUCAAUGCUGGUUGAAUGGGAACAGGUGAAACAAAGGAUUCUUCAUACUCUGCUUGCAUCAGGGGAAGAUGCUCUCGAUUUCACUCAGGAAAAUGAGCCCAGCUACACUGGCGAGUUGGGUCCUCCAGGCCGCAGCUCUUUGGACAGCGUGGAGAUGGCAUAUGCUCGUCAGAUUUAUAUUUAUAAUGAGAAGAUAGUGAAUGGACAUCUGCAGCCUAACUUGGUGGACCUUUGCGCUGCUGUUGCAGAACUGGAUGAUAAGAACAUCUCUGAGAUGUGGGCCAUGGUGAAACAAAUGACUGAUGUUACCCUGGUUCCUGCUAGCGAUGCCUUGAAAGUCCGGACCAACAUGGAAGUGCGGAUGGAGUUUGUGAGGCAGGCUCUGCGCUACCUAGAACAAAGUUACAAAAACUACACCUUUGUGACAGUCUUUGGAAACUUGCACCAGGCUCAGCUGGGUGGUGUACCAGGGACCUUCCAACUAGUCUGCAGCUUCCUGAACAUCAAACUCCCUGCACCUGUCCCUGGUCUCCAGGACGGUGAGGUAGAAGGACGUCCUGUCUGGGCACUGAUUUACUAUUGCAUGCGCUGUGGAGAUUUGACUGCAGCCAUGCAUGUGGUGAAACGGGCACAGCACCAGCUGGGAGAGUUUAAAACCUGGUUCCAGGAGUACAUGCACAGUAAAGAUAAAAGACUCUCUCCUGCCACAGAAAAUAAACUGCGUCUUCACUACAGACGAGCUCUGAGAAAUAACACUGACCCCUACAAAAGGGCUGUUUACUGUAUUAUUGGCCGUUGUGACAUUACAGAUAACCAGAGUGAGGUUGCUGAUAAAACAGAAGACUAUCUUUGGCUAAAACUGAACCAGGUGUGUUUUGAUGACGAUGGUGCAAGUUCCCCACAAGACCGACUAACAUUAUCACAGUUCCAGAAGCAGCUGCUAGAAGACUAUGGUGAAUCGCAUUUUGCAGUGAACCAGCAGCCUUUCCUCUACUUCCAAGUAUUGUUCUUGACAGCACAGUUUGAAGCUGCAAUUGCUUUUCUCUUCCGGAUGGAGCGCUUGCGUUGUCAUGCUGUUCAUGUUGCUUUGGUCCUGUUUGAGUUAAAAUUGCUCCUGAAAUCUUCUGGGCAGAGUGCACAGCUAUUAAGCCACGAAGCUGGUGACCCUCCUGGUGUCAGGCGUCUGAAUUUUGUGCGGCUUUUGAUGCUUUACACCCGUAAGUUUGAAUCAACGGAUCCAAGGGAAGCUCUGCAGUAUUUCUACUUUCUCAGGAAUGAGAAGGACAGCCAAGGAGAGAACAUGUUCUUACGUUGUGUUAGUGAAAUAGUAAUUGAAAGCAGAGAGUUUGAUAUGAUUCUUGGAAAGCUGGAAAACGAUGGGAGUAGGAAGCCUGGAGUGAUAGACAAGUUUACAAGUGACACAAAACCCAUUAUCAACAAAGUUGCUUCUGCAGCAGAAAAUAAAGGAUUGUUUGAAGAAGCUGCAAAACUGUACGACCUUGCAAAGAAUCCUGACAAAGUUCUAGAACUGAUGAACAAGCUCCUCAGUCCUGUCAUUCCCCAGAUCAGCACCCCCCAGUCAAACAAGGAGCGGUUGAAGAACAUGGCCCAUUCCAUUGCUGAGAGGUACAAAGCUCAGGGGAUAAGUGCAAAGAAGUCCAUUGACUCCACGUUCUACCUUCUGCUAGACUUAAUCACGUUUUUUGAUGAAUAUCAUGCUGGUCACGUUGACAGGGCCUUUGAUAUUAUUGAACGCCUAAAGCUUGUACCUCUUAGCCAGGAUUGUGUAGAGGAGAGAGUUGCUGCCUUCCGGAAUUUCAGUGAUGAAAUCAGGCACAAUUUAUCUGAGGUCCUGCUUGCAACCAUGAAUAUUUUAUUCACCCAGUAUAAGAGGAUGAAAGGCACAAGCCCAGCCACUCCUACGAGACCCCAGCGGGUAAUGGAAGACAGAGAUUCGGCAGAGAUAGCAGCGAGCCCAGACUGCAGUGCUGGAAACCAUGGCUGCAGCGACAGCCCUGACCCAGAUGCCCACCUUCGAUCUCAAGCCCGUGCACUGAUCACGUUUGCUGGAAUGAUCCCUUACAGGACGUCGGGAGACACAAACGCGAGACUGGUGCAAAUGGAGGUCCUUAUGAAUUAGCAGAGAAGCUUUUGAUCAGGGUUGCAGCAGCCUGUGCCUGUCUUUAGUAGUGGUGGGACCAGUAUCAUUUUGUAUUCUGUAUUUUUGUUGCUGGAAAUAAAUUUCUUUGAUUUCUCUUUGGUUUUGA